AAUGAAUUAGCAAAAGUCAUAAAAGUAAUCAGUAGGCAGAUUGCCUAUAAAUUAUUCCUAAGCAAAUAAACAAAAACAGCAAAAACGUGUGCUCAAACACAAAACGAAAAAAGUGUUUUUGUGCCAAUAUUCAAAAAAAAAAAUUUAUUAUUUUUUGACACUAAAAACUCUUACAAAAAAGCGUCAAGCGUUUACAGCAAAAUGGCAAAAUUGGAUGAAAAAAUUGGUUUCAUUGGUGGUGGCAAUAUGGCCUUUGCCAUAGGAGCCGGUCUUAUACAACGUGGCAUAGUAAAAGUAGGACAGGUGUUAGUGUCUGGACCUAAUCUAGAAAAUAUGAUACGUUGGCGUGAUUUAGGUGUUGCAAUCACCGAGCGCAACUAUGAAGUAGUGGACAAGGCAGACAUUAUAUUUAUUUGCGUGAAGCCACACAUUUUAACGCCUUGUGCGGAACAUCUACGUAGUGAAUAUACAUCAACAUCGAAGGAUAAGGAUAAGUUGUUUGUCUCGGUUUUAGCGGGUGUCAACUUACAGACACUGGAAGAGAGCUUUUCAUUUAUUAACAGUCUGAAGAUGAUACGCACCAUGCCAAAUACUUCAAUGCAAGUGGGUGAGGGAUGUACAGUGUACGCUGCUGGCUCAUACGUUAAGCAACAAGAUUUGGAAAAAAUACACCUAAUGCUCAACUCUUUGGGUAUUGCUCAACAAGUGCCAGAAUCUAUGAUUAAUGCAGUUUCUGGACUAGCAGGCUGUGGUCCUGCUUAUGUUUAUACAGUUAUAGAAGCGCUAGCAGAUGGUGCUGUUAAACAGGGCGUACCUAGACAAAUGGCUUCAAUUUUUGCUGCGCAAACCCUACUAGGCGCAGCUAAAACCGUUUUGCUUACUGGCAAACAUCCUGCAGUGCUCAGAGAUGAAGUAUGUUCUCCUGGUGGGGCAACCAUUGUUGGUAUACAUGAGCUCGAAAAGGGCAAUUUAAGAGCAACACUUAUGAACGCAGUGGAGCAAUCUUCGAAGCGUUGUGAAGAACUUGGCAAAAAAUAAAUGCACAAGACGAAAGUGAAU